AAGAAAAGGAAAAAAAGAAAGUGAGAAAAAAGAAAGAAAAUAUAAAUAAUAAAAAACAAACAAAAGAACAAAAAAAAGAUAAGAAUGAAAAAAAAGGAAACUCUAGAAAAACAAAAAAGAAUAAAAAAAGUAUAAAAGAAAUAAGAAGAAAAAAAAUAGGAAUAAUAAAGGUAAAAGAAAGAAUGAAAGAAAAAGAAUCAAAAAAGAAAGAGAUAGAAAAAGAAAUAAUUGAAGAAAGAAUAGAAGAAAGAAUAGAAGAAAAAACAAAA